AUGUCGCUCACCUACGCGACAGUCCCGCUUCAAGUCAAGGGAGUCAACCUCAACCUAUCUACAAUCCACAGCCUCAAUUCCUCGCCACCAAUCCUAUUCCUGCACGGCUUCGGAUCAUGCAAAGAAGACCUAGCCGAUCUAGUCAUCCAUCCCACUCUACAAAAACACGGCUUCAUAGCCUUUGACGCCCCAGGAUGUGGCCACACAACCAGCGACAACCUCUCCGCCACCGAUAUCCCUUUCUUAGUCGCCACAGCAGAAGCAGUCCUGAAUCACUUCCAAAUCACCAAAUUCCACCUCAUGGGCCAUUCAAUGGGUGGACUCGCUGCCCUCAUACUCGCACAUCAGAAUCACGACAGGGUCCUCAGCUUCGUGGACAUCAAGGGCAAUCUCGCACCGGAAGAUUGUUUCCUCAGUCGGCAAAUCUUUACCUUUCCUACGGAUGAUGCUGAGACAUUCUUCCACGAGUUUAUCGAUCGUACCCGGAAGGCUAAAUCGUACGCAAGUCCCUUGUAUGCGAGUACCCUGCGUGCACGAGUACGGGCUGGUGCUGUACGGCCGAUUUUCGAGUCUAUGGUGCAAUUAUCUGAUCAUGGCCAUUUAAUGGAGAAGUUCUUGGGGCUUCCGUGUCCGAAGAUGUUUAUGUUCGGUGAGGAGAAUCGGGGACUAUCGUAUUUGGGUCGUUUGGAGGAGCAGGGUGUUGAAUUGGCGAUGAUUGAGGGGAGUGGGCAUUUCCCUAUGUAUUCUAACCCGGUGGAGAUGUAUCGUCGGAUUGCUGCCUUUUUAGAUAGACUUUCAUAG